UUCCCGCCUAUAUUUUAUGAGUCAGAGUCACGUUCAGCACAACUCAAAUUAUCUUUUAAAAGAAUGAGUAGUGAAGGAGGAGGUAAUAAUGGCCAGCAAGAUCGAGAAGACAGUGACCUUCUUACCAUUAGACCAUUGGGAGCUGGACAAGAAGUAGGACGGUCAUGUAUAAUGCUUGAAUUUAAAAACAAGAAAAUAAUGUUGGAUUGUGGUAUUCAUCCUGGUUUAUCUGGUAUGGAUGCACUUCCUUACACUGACAUGAUUGAAUCAGAUGAAAUUGAUCUGUUACUAAUUACACAUUUUCACUUGGAUCAUUGUGGUGCUUUACCAUGGUUUCUAGAAAAGACCACAUUCAAAGGGAGGGUAUUCAUGACUCCAGCCACUAAAGCUAUCUACAGAUGGCUAUUGUCUGAUUAUAUUAAAGUCAGUAACAUAUCAAGUGACCAUAUGCUGUACACUGAGAAAGACCUGGAGAAGAGUAUGGACAAAAUUGAAAUUAUUAACUUUCAUCAGGAAGUUGAUGUUAGUGGCAUUAAAUUCACAGCAUAUAAUGCUGGGCAUGUCUUAGGAGCAGCAAUGUUCAUGAUAGAGAUUGCUGGAGUUAAAGUACUGUAUACUGGUGACUUCUCUCGUGUGGAGGACAGACAUUUAAUGGCUGCUGAAGUUCCUAACUCCUCUCCUGACAUACUGAUAUCAGAGUCAACGUAUGGUACACAUAUUCAUGAGAAGAGAGAGCAAAGAGAAGCAAGAUUUACUACUAAGAUCCAUGAUAUAGUAACAAGAGGUGGUCAUUGUUUGAUACCAGUGUUUGCUCUUGGACGUGCUCAGGAAUUACUAUUGAUACUUGAUGAGUAUUGGUCCUGCCAUCCUGAACUCCAUGAUAUACCGAUUUACUAUGCAUCAUCACUGGCUAAGAAAUGCAUGGCAGUGUAUCAGACUUAUAUUGGAGCUAUGAACGAGAGGAUCAGGCGACAGAUUGGGAUUAGCAAUCCUUUUGUAUUUAAACACAUAUCAAGUUUAAAAAAUAUCGAUAAUUUUGAUGACAUUGGUCCUUGUGUCAUAUUAGCCAGUCCUGGUAUGAUGCAAAGUGGUCUCUCACGUCAGCUCUUUGAGUCAUGGUGCACUGAUAAGAGGAAUGGGGUGGUUGUUGCUGGUUAUUGUGUGGAAGGGACACUAGCUAAACACAUAUUGUCUGAACCUUCUGAAGUGGUGACAAUGAAUGGACAGAAACUUCCACUGAGAAUGUCAGUUGAUUAUAUCUCAUUCUCCGCCCACACUGAUUACGAACAAACGAGUGAAUUUAUUAGAAUACUCAAUCCUCCACACAUUGUUCUAGUUCACGGUGAACAGAAUGAGAUGAUGAGACUAAAGCAAGGACUCCUCAGAGAGUUUGAAGAUUUUCAAGGUAGCAUAUACACACCAAGAAAUACUCAAGCGGUUGAGCUUUACUUUAGAGGAGAGAAAAUGGCCAAAGUGAUGGGUUCAUUAGCAUCAAAGCAGUGUACUGAUGGCCAGCAAUUGUCUGGUAUAUUAGUCAAGAGAGGAUUUAAUUAUCAUCUUGUUGAACCUGCUGAUCUUAACAAUUAUACUGAUUUAUCAACAAGUUCAGUAGUUCAACGUCAGAUGGUUCAUUGUUCAAUAUCAUCUCAUCUUUUAUUGCACUACAUGACACAACUAUCAUCAGAUGCUACACCUGUAUUAGUGCAUGGAGAACAAAUGUUAAAAGUGUUUGGUGGAGCAAUAACUGUUAUACAUACUGGCAGUCAUGUCACUAUUGAAUGGACAGCAGAUGCUACUAAUGAUAUGUAUGCUGAUGCAGUGUUAUCUGUUAUAUUACAAGUAUCGUCUCAACCAAAGAGAUUAGGAGAAUUAUCUGUUAAGCAAGAGAUCACAAAAGAUACCAGUUUUGCUAAAAAAUUAAUGAAACUGAUGAGUGACAUGUUCGGAGAGUCCAAUGUUAUCUGCUCUAGCAACUCAGAGAAGAUUGAAGUUAUAACAGAAGAUAUGAGAGCAUCCAUUGAUCCUAAUACACUGGUUGUAGAGUCUAAUGAUGAGUCAUUCCAUCAUUUGGUCCAGUCAGCUGCUAAAAGACUACACACUGCUUUACAAAUAUAACACACAUCAUGAUUUUAUUCAUUGUAAUGUGUAUACAUAAUAAUAAUUCACACAAGUAAUCAAAAUUAAAUGAGCCACUCCUUUUGGACGUCACAUGAUCAAUUAUGGUUAUUUACUUAUUUUUGUAAAUAGACUCUCAAAAAGCACAGAUAAGACUUAAAAUUUUUAUGAAACCAA